CCCCGCUCCUUGGUUCCCGCCCCCCGCCCCUCCCCCCCACGUGGUGGUGGUGGUGUUGGUCUCAGAGCGGGGCGCGUGCUUAAGCCGCGCGCUGUUGUUGGUUUUGUUGAAAUUGUGGGGCGCACGCACUUUAGAAGAGAAGCCUUUUUAGAAGAGGUCCGAUCGUCCAACACGUUCCACAUCGGUAGGGCGCGCGUCUCGGCCAGGGCCGUACGGUGUAAAUAUAUCAGCGGGAGCCUGAACGAUUCUCGAGUUCCACGAAUGUUCGCUACGGCUGCCGUGUGUGUAUAUAUGCAUACACGUAACACCGGCUCGUGAUAAUGCCAUGGGGUCGUUAUGAUCUUGUGUUUGGUGGUGGUGGAGGGGGGGGGGAGGUGUCUCCUAGUGACGUGAAGGGUGCGUUGUUACAUUAAUGAAAGACUUGUCUUAGCUGCGGAAUUAAGCGUGGGCUUUAUUUUUGUUUGACAAAAAAAAAACCUCACAAAAAUUGGUACCCGCCGCCGGUGAUCUGGCGUUGUUGGCGUUUUAUAUCGACCGUUUCGCGUUGUAACCGGCGGACUUGGAGAGACAUCGGACUGCAGCUGCUGCAUCGCAGGAGAGAGCACCUGUCAAGGCCGACCCUGCUGCCGCCGCUGCUGCUGGCGGUGGUGGUGGCAGUGGGUGGUGGUGGGGCUGUCACCUUCUACAGCAACAACAUUGCCGGUGUCAACACAACACACAAGGAGCCAUGGUCAAGCACCAGCCGCUGCAGUACUACCGGCCCCAGCUCUGCCUGUCGUGCCUCGCCGGCCUGUACGGCUGCCGGUGGAAGCGCUACCAGCGCUCGCACGACGACUCCACCAAGUGGGAGAGGCUGUGGUUCCUGCUCGUCUUCCUGACCUGCGCUCUCUCCGCCAUCUGGUUCUACUUCUGGUGUCAAGCCAGCAACGACUACAACGACUUUGAAUGGUUUAUCUACUCGAAGCUCGGCUACUGGUACAGCUGGUCUGUGCCGAUGUUCGUCAUCGCCAUCGCGCUCCUCACUUACCUCGUCAUGCUGCUGGUGCUGGCGCUGUGCCACGUCUCCGUGGGCCUGCAGAUGUACAUGCACUGGACGCACAAGGUCGGCGUGUGCACGUCGCUCGUCUUCCUCGUCGCGCUGAUCGUCGCCGCGUACGAGCUGUGGCGCGACGAGUGGAGCACCUUCGUCUACUCGUUCCAGUCGACGGCGCCGUUCCUGCAUAUCGGCGCGGUGGUGGGACUCACCCUCGUGGCGUGGCUCGUCGCGGGGCAGUUCGCCCGCACCGACCGACUCGCCCUGCAGGUGUCGAUCGUGCUCGUGUACCUGGCCGCGCUGCUCACGCUCUACCUGCUGCCCCUGCUCGUGCGCUCGCCCUGCAUCGUGGAGGAGAGGGAUCUCCCGGCGCGACCGAAACUCUUCGGACACCGCGGGGCGCCCAUGCUUGCCCCAGAGAACACGAUCAUGUCAUUCGAGCGAGCGACAGAAUGCACCGAGGGACUGGAGACAGACGUGAUGCUCAGCCUGGACGGCGUUCCGUUCCUGAUGCACGACGCCGACCUGCGGCGCACGACGGACGCGCUGCACGUGUUCGGGGAGCCGCGCGCCUCCGCGCACCCCUCCCGCUUCAACAUGUCGGAGCUGCGCUCGCUCAACGCGGGCUCCUGGUUCCUGCGCAGCGACCCCUUCGGCACCGCGGCGUCGCUGUCGCCCCAAGACCGCGCCCUCGCCAGCAACCAGAGUGUCGGCGAGCUGUCCGAGGUGCUGCACAUUGCAGCGCAGCGCAACAAGUCGGUGAUCUUUGACCUGCGCCGGCCGCCCUGGGACCACCCGUACGCGGACACGUGGCUCGAAACGACGGUGCAGGCCGUGCUGGGGUCGCGCAUCCCCCACCGCCUGAUGAUGUGGCUUCCGGACGAGAAACGGGACCUGGUGGCCUUCGACCUGGCGCCCGGGUUCCGCCAGACGACGGGCGUCAAGAAGGAGCUGAGCUACCUCCACGCCCACCGCAUCGUGACCCUCAACCUCCACUACAGUGGCAUCAGCCAGCCCGAAAUAAGCAACUACUCGGAGCACAACGUGACGACGAACCUGUACGUGGUGAACUCUGCGUGGAUCUACUCGAUGGCGUGGUGCGCGGGCGCCCACUCCGUCACCACCAAUGACUGCGGCUCGCUGGCACGCCUGCCCCAGCCCGUGUGGCGCUUGAAUCCUGGAGACUACAGGCUCAUGUGGAUCACGACCGACGUCAUCUCAGCCACGCUGGUCAUAGCCAUAUUCAUCGUGCAGAGCUAUCAUUUGAUAAGGUGGAGGUUGGGCUCCAUGACGGUGUACAACCCCGAGCAGAUCAUGCUGAGCACGUCGGUGCGCAAGAACAGCCGCGACGUCAAGACCAUGAAGGAGAAGCUCAUCUUCACCGAAGUUGAGAACGGGGUCAUGAAAUCGGACGCGUGCUCCCUGUCAUCGGACAGCCCCACCGAGGAGGCGUCCAGCCAGCCCUGCAGCCCGCCCCCUGCGGAGCGCGCGGACAGCACUCCGACGGGAGUUAAGGUCGAGCCGAACCGCCUCGCCGCUCACGCGAGCGACGGGGCGGCAGUGGUGGCUGCGGCUGCGCCGGCGGCCGUCGUCUCCGCCGGCAGUGCUGGAAACUCCACAUUCCUAUGACGGGAGCCGGCCUCUCCACAAGUCCGGCCACUGUUGAAUUCCUGCAAAAAGUGGUGAUGGUGGCGGUGUUGGGUGGUGGUGGUGCUCGGUUUAGCUGCGCCCCCCCCCAAUGAGUUGUGAAUCCCCCUCUACCCCUCCUUACCCCCGCCACCCCCCAGAUGGGGAUUUGAAAUGCGUGACCGUCCAAUUGGAAUUCCAUGGCUCGAAGCCACUCCGCCCCCCCCCCCCCCCCCCCGGAUGGGUAACGGGGACGUGGGGUGAAUCUGCGCGAGGGUGUUUCACGUGUCUGGACGCGUGGAGGUUGGUGUUGGUGCAGGAUCCGAGAAAACCAGCAAACGCCAAUCUGAAAGACCCAAGAGGCGUGCAAACAAAAAAAUAAAUAUAUAUAGAAACGGCGUGACGCGCGCAACUGCGAGACCUUGCGAAGCGAUUUGAAGUGCGCGUGGCGUCAAAUCGAUCCAUUAGCCCGAAAUAUAUUUAAAAUGAUAAGUUUACGGCGGCGAUUUAAACGUUUACGUGCUGAUAUCGAGCGCGGUGAAGAGCGAGGCGAGAGGGGGAACGAACCCCCCUCCCCAUGGCCCCGCUGUGAGCGUGAAUAACUCACGGAGCGGCACGUGCUCAAAUUAAGUUACGGUUGGAGUGUUUUGCGGAGGAUGUGGCACGCGUUGGCCGUAAGUCGCCUGCGUCGUGAGCUUGAGCUGAAACAAUCGCACGGCGCGUUUGCCGAGCAAACAAACUAAUACUUCCGUGAAAUAAGAUUCUGAUUGUGAGAGCGUCGAGGGGUGGAGGGGGGGUGAGUAAGCAUCGGUAAAAUCCUCCUCGAGAGAGCGGACGUCUGUAAUGCGUGGUGAAAUAUAUCGUGUAGCUUCGACACUAACUGGUAAGGAAAGAAAGUUACAACGUAGCAUUGUGUGUGUAAAUUAUAUAUAUAAAAAAAGGGGUAGAGAAAAUGUAACAAAAAAAAACGUAAGUUAAAAGGGUAAGAAGUGAGAGGCUUGUUUAAAUAAUUUAAAGUUUUAGGGUAGCCGCGGAAACACUUGAUAACCCACGGUUUGUUUUAAAAUCGCUCACCGGAGAGACCCUUGAUUGAAACACGUGUGACAAUCAUCUCUCGGGGGGGUGGGGGGGGGCGCUAAAUUGGGUACCGCUUCGAUGGACGGAACGGGUGCUGCUGCAGUGCGUCGUUUGUCAAGAGGAAGCCAACGCUGCAAUGGACGCUGCGACCCUAUCGGUUAUCGCGCUUCUUUUCCAGAAUGUUCCCUUCUUAAUUUAACAAAAAAAGAAAAUCUUGCAUCGUUUUGUACAUAUCACCCCCGCCGCCGCCCCCGCUCUUCAGCCCCGCAAAAGUCGGCGUGCACUUCCUAAAUCAAAAAUUAAACCCCACGAGGAAUCAAAAUGACACGUUACCGAUGGCGUAGUGGCAUUGACGACGAUCGUGCGUCGCAGCGCGGGUGGCUUUUGACAGCGAUCGCCUCUUCUCCCCGCCGUGUUGUGCGAGCGCGCAAGGAUGAUUGGAGCGAAAAGCGAAUGAGAGUUUGGGGGGGGGGGGGGGGGUUUGUUUUUUAAUUAUAAACCGAAAUAUGCAACAGCGACGGGGAGCGCUGCACGUGUCGCCGUGCACGAAGAUAUUCCCGUCGAGUAUAUUAUUUAAGCGCAGCUUUCGUUUAAUUUAUUUACGCAGUCGGUCGCCCGCGCGCGUGCGUGCGACCGACUGCGUUUGCGGAGUGAGUGCGUCGGCGAGAUCACUUGAUCGGGUCACAAACAUCACUCGACGCGGUCCCAACGCCCUCCCGCUCUGCUCCUCCGCUUUGUGUUUUUUUUUUACUUUCGAGUGCGGUCAAGGGAGUGGGGCGAGAUGGUGUUUUGAUAUCUCGUGAUUUUUACGCAUUCCACCCACCCCCCCCCCCCACCGCUCCCCGAGGCAUUUUCGUGUGUAAUACUUUUUCGCUCCAGGUAAGUCGUUUGUCUACACUGUCAAAAUAAAUUGAAUAAACGAUGAAUGAGAUAUGUGA